AUGGAGACCAUUGUGCAAUCCGGGGCCAAAGAGUCCACUCCCAGCUCUAUCAACGUUCUUACCCUUAAUUGCUGGGGCCUCAAGUACCUCUCGAAAUUUCGGACAGAAAGACUUUCCGAAAUAGGCAAUCGUAUUGCCAACUACACGCCCGAGCUUGAUAUUGUUGGUUUACAGGAAUGCUGGACAUUUGCUGACUAUUUGAAUAUUCGAAACCGAACGAGAUCAAUAUUACCGUAUGCGAAAUACUAUCACUCAGGUAUCUUUGGAGGAGGACUAGCUAUUUUCAGCCGUUGGCCGAUCAGAGAUUCGUCUAUGUUUCGAUAUCCUCUGAAUGGUCGUCCUACAGCAUUCUUCAGGGGCGAUUGGUUCGUCGGCAAAGGUGUUGCUUGUGCUCAGAUACAAAUGCCCGAUGGACAGAUGAUCGAGGUCUUCAAUACCCAUUUGCAUGCCCCGUACGAGCGUGAACCCAAUGACAGCUACAUCUGCCAUCGAACAGCACAAGCAUGGGAGAUCGCGAAGCUCAUGCGGGCAGCGUCUGAGAGAGGAAGUCUCGUCCUGGGCAUGGGCGACUUCAAUAUGGUACCGCUGAGUUUCGCGCACGUGCUCAUCGAAAGUCGCGGUGGCGUCAAGGAUGUUUGGCGAGUGGUCAAGCCAGGGAGCAGUGUGGGAAAAAGCCAUCACCUACCCGAAAUCGAACGCCGGAAGCGGAUGAAUGAAGACCCAGUUCCAGAUGUGAACAGCAGUCUACAAGAUCAUGGGCAUACUUGUGAUUCGGUGCUCAACACCUGGCGCUGGCCCAAGGAGGAUCGCAAACGCCUUGAAAAGGGUCACGACAGGAAUAUCGUGGGGACUGACCCUGAUCCCAACUCAUAUCGGCUGGAUUAUAUUUUCUUUAACGGUAUAUCGAGGGGAUGGAAGGUCAGAGACGUCAAAGUGGCACUUACUGAGAGACAUCCUGAGCUUCGCUGCUCUUUAAGUGACCACUUUGCAGUUCAUGCCACCGUCGAGAGGUCCGACACACAAUCUACCACACCAAUGACGAUCGAAGUGAAUGGUGUGCUCCGGGGUGACAUGAGCGACGACCCGAACAUUGCAUCGGCUGGUUUUGAGGCCAAUGAUUUCGAUGCGGCAAUCUCCAAACUGCCGACGCACAAACACAUCGGCAAAGACUUUUACCAUGAUAUCCUGGCUAUGAUACACAAGUACAAUCUACGAGAGAGAAAGCAACGACGAUGGCGAUGCCUACAUUUUGUUGGAUCUGCAUUUAUUUCGAUUGGCUGUUUUGUGGCAAUCUGGUGGUCUCCAAGGAAUUUCGUUGCCUUUCUUCUCAUCUUGCUGAGCAGUUUAGGACUGAUGGCUGGGACCGUAGAUGGGCUCAUCGGAUUUCUUUUCGUUGGAUCCGAGCUCCGAGCGCUGGCAGAGUUUGAGUGGGAAGUCCGAAACGCCUUGCAGUUGGCCGGCGGCCCUGUCCUGGACGAUCGAGCUCUCAAAGACUGGUACGAUUAA